AUGGCGGACCCCCUCAGCGUCCUGCGGGACUAUGUGGUGCAGCAGAAGCUUGACCAGGUCAAACUCAAAGACGACGGCCGCGUCUACUUCUCAGAUCAGUACUCGUUCCCGAAGGCCACCUACACAGCCUUCAAAAGCAACGGCCCCGGGGGAGACUUUUAUGAUCUGGGGUCCGUGGUGUACUUCAUCUCGAUGGUGGCCGCCCACGAGACAGCUCGGAUCGCAGAGUAUGUGGCAGGGUGCAAGCAGCGCGGCUUCAGGCCAGUGGCGUUCGUCGAUCGAAAG